AUGGGUGGUCAACAACAGCACAAAAAGUCCAAGGUUGUGAAAAUAGACUCAUUGAAAUCAUGGGAAGAAUACAUAACUGAAGCUACCAAUAAAGGUUACUUUGUUAUGGUUCAUUUCUCUGCUUAUUGGUGCAUGCCUUCUAUUGCUAUGGACCCUUUCUUUGAAGAAUUGGCUUCCACCUAUCAAAAUGUAAUCUUUCUCAAAGUGGAUGUAGAUGAGGUUAAGGAAGUAGCCACCAAGAUGGAAAUCAAUGCCAUGCCUACUUUUUUGUUGAUGAGUGGAGGAACUCCUGUUGAUAAAACUGUUGGUGCAAAUCCUGAUGAAUUAAGGAAAAGAAUGGAUCAACUCGUUCCUCAAAAUCCUUCUAAUGCAUGA